AAUUAGCGCGGAGCACUUGCACUCAUUUUCUUGUCAGUAAUGUCAGUUCGUCCCGUCGCGGUGUUUAGCUCUGCGCACACUGCAUUAUGUGGAUGGAUUCUCCCAGACGAAGGAAGAAGAGAAGGGUUAGCUUAGCCUGACUUGUCCAAUCGGUUCUGUGUUUGUGGGCGGAGACGUUGCCAUUUAAGCGAGCGGGACACGGUGAAGACAUCGGGAAAGAUUUAGAAUCUAGGUCGUAAACGGAGAGAACCGGUGACGCUGACUAACAGCACACCAUGGCGGUCCUGAAGCUUGUGCUACUGCUGCUGCUCACAGGCCUGAUGGUGGUUGCCUCAUCCCAAGACGCGUGUGGUUGGCCCGAAGAGGUAGAAGUAAGUGAUAUAAAGCAAACGUUCGUGGUGCUGGCUUACAACGCAUCACAAACAGACACGAGCGCCCAAGUGAACUGCAGCACAACAUUUGUCACCGGCGUAUUCGGCAAUGUCAUGAGCCUACACGUGGAGCACUACAACAUCUCUCAAGGUCUGUCCAUCGAGUGGAAUGACACCGAGGAACCCGAUAUUUCCUGGCGAGAGAACCAAUUUGCGGGGGACAUGACCAUCAGGUACUACACAUUCCAGGUCAGAUACACGCGCCCACCAGGAAUCUCCCCUUUAACUGAAGACGGUUUCAGUCUGCACUUUCGCUCUUUGGGUUUUCUUGAAGAUGAGCCCUGCCCAAAUGCUACGACUACACUACAUGCAUCACAAAAAACCGGUCUGCUUUUCUCGCCCCAAUAUCCACUGGGCACUUCGAAAGAUGCGAUAUGUAAGUGGAAUAUUGAAGCUCCUCCAGGGUUUGUUCUCGACGUAAAUCUCGCCUCCGUGUCCCAUGAAGCCGGUUUGUUGAUCGAUGGGGAAUCCAGGCUUCAGAUGCCUAGAAUGGCGGGAAAGACAAAUGCGGCAAUACAGAAUCAAAAGAAUUUUGGGACUUUUGUACUUGAAUACACCGCCGUUCCAAUGAAGAAUGUGACUUGUAGUGCAAAUGCAACAAAAGCAGCCAGUGACCUCGGGGACUGGUACGUGUUACAGUGGAGAAUCCAGAGGGAGGAGACUGACCUGGACUGUGAGAUGACCUUUGACACCGGCUCGGACGAGACAGUCGUUGAAGUUACACUCACAGACUACCGGCUUUCAACCGGUGGGGAUUCCUGUGCAGACCAGACGCUCAGAGUCACGGACGUGAGUACAGGAACUGUGCUUGUCAAUGAAUCAACGCCACAAGGAGGACUGAACUGCCCCGGGAAAUUCUGGCCGUUCUCGACCAUCAGAGCCUCUGGCCGGAGACUGACCGUCGCGUUGUCCAGUAAGAAACACGGUAACGUCAACGACGCGGUCUUGACGCUGGUGGUCAAAUCACGGGACAUCUUUCCUGUCAGAAACACCGACGUGCAGGUUCUAGAGCAAGCGUCCUCCGUCUCUUACGCCUGGAUUCCAGCGGAUCAGAUCAGCCCAAGCGGUGACCUCAAGAUGACCAUGAGGCGUACUCUGUCAGGAAACUGCAGCGUUUUGGAAGUGUGGGACAAAACUCUUGACUCCCGACUGGUGAUAGCUCAGAGACUCUCAGUGUAUAACGGGCUUUUCGAUGAAUACUUUGAGCUGACCAAAGACUGUAGCGGCAAUGUUCCGACAAACAGGGCUCUUUACCCACGACGGAUGAUCUUGUUAGUCAUGCACAGGCAAAACGAGGGGUUCUGGAUCAGAUACCAGGCCAAUUCCGGCGGACCCUGUCAGAGAGUCUAUACUCCUGUGGUCGGAACAUCGUACACGUUAUCAGAAACUAUCAGAUCGCGAAAACAGAUAGAUUGCUCUUGGCACAUCACUAAUGACGGGCUGAUUGCUUUAAAAACAAACUUCUCGUCAAACACAUUCUUAGUUCUGACUGGCAACCCUAACCACGAAUCCCAACAACCUUUGCUGACACAUCCUCAAACAACACGCCCGGACCCAAAUCUAUGGCUGUACUCAUACCACAACCUAACUAUAGACUUGACAGUGACCACCCCCACGCCUGAGUCUAGUUUGGAGUUCCAGUAUAAGACACUCGCCGCCUCUAGCACUGUAAAGACAUCGUGCCCGUUGCAGGACCUGACUGCCACACGCGAAAUCCAGGGAACAUCGUCCGUUAACUAUCCUGACUACCUGAUGUCUGGCAUGCACUGUCAGUGGAACAUCACCAGGGCUGACCCACGUGACCUCUUGGUCAUUGAUGUGGUGCUGAACAGUCGUUUCCUCAAGAACAAGUCUGCCAAGUUAUCAGUGUAUCUCUACUCUCCUGGGAUCUCAAAUGCCACGGAAGUGAGUGUCCCUCUUGAUAGUGGCAUUUUGGGAUUUUCUCGAGCGUUCCCACAGGAGACCACGGUGGUCAGUCUGGAAGUCACACGUCCGGUAAUGCAGGGCCUGUUCUUUAAUUACUUUAGCAUCCACCCGGAAGAAUUAAGUGUCGCCUUGUGUAAUAAAACCUUUCAUCUGGGCGAUGGGCCCAUAUCUCGUUCUGUCACCUUCGUAAAACCUUUUCCCUCCACAUGUCGCUUUUUGUUUUCAUCUGGUUCAGACAAACACGCUGUCAUUCUGACCAACAUGACCUAUGACUUCAGUUCCCCCUUACAAAUUGGAAAGGUCAGAUUCUUCUCGGUGUUUAAUAACACAAUAAAUCCAUUGGAAACCAUCGCUGCGCACACUAAGAUGACGCCAAACAUGUCCAUUGUCAGCCAAAAAAACGAGAUGCUUGUGCAAGUUGAUCUACGUACGCUCGUGGAGAGGCCCCUGAAAUUUACAUUCACUGCAGACACGAUUCCAAUCACUGGUUGUGGGGGCACCUCAUUGACCAUCACGGUGCCAUCCACCGGGGAGUACCAGAACAUUACGUCACCAAACUACCCAGAGCCCUACCCUCCCAACUCACUCUGCAGAUACAUUUUGAAACCCCAGGACGCCACAAAAUUGAUCGAAAUAAACCUGGUUGACCUGGAUGUCCCCCGGCUCCAGCCAAAUAAGUCUUGCUUUAAUGAUUAUAACGAAAACGAUGAUUUGUUGGUCAUUAACAGAAUAUAUCAUUUUUGUAACAACAGCCUCGAACAAAACAAUCCAAUUAACAUAACCAACGCGGACGGCGAGAUUUAUUUUGUGUCAGGGUCGGAGCUCGAAGGACGCGGGUUCCUGAUCAGAUUCCGUGCCAUCGAUGGGUUUCAUUAUCACUUCCCUUUAUUCGAUACUAAUAACGACUACGUGAUCGGUAUCGUUUGUGGCGUGACGGCUGGGGUUUUCCUUAUCGGAACGGCCUUGUUCUUUCUGAUUUGGAAACGCACAGGCUGUUUAACGAGCACUCAGCCUGCAGUUGUCUACGCCUCAGACACAAACAACAAGGUCACUAUGAGUUACGCAACGACGAGCGCGAUGGACUCACAAAAGUGAGUCCUUUAGAAUAAACUCCCAGAAUGUUUGUGCCACACAUAGAUGGGCAUCAUCCUCGACCACACACUUUGACGAAUUUCUAUUUCACGACGGAGCCCAUCAUUUGCUCCUAUUGAAAGACCGAAGGGGGGGGGGUGCUUGCAUUCGACUAAAGCGAGACUGGUGUUUCGCCCUUUAUUUGGGCGAAAUGGCGCUGCCCAUGGAGCGCACCGUCGCUGUCACAAGCAGUCCACUUCAGCCAAUUUUUUUACCAUAAAAAAGUCAAAUUUUUAAAAGAAUUUUCAAUUUUUACACCCUCGCAAGGCUGCAUCUUUCAACGGCAUCAAAAUUCAGCGUAAUGCUGUAGUCGAGGCUUACAAUUGUGAGGCAGCGUGGUGGAAUCAGGCUCUCGUCAAUUUUUGGGCAUGUACAGUUAUUUG